UUGCGAUCUUCUGAAAGAUAAAGAGUAUCAAGAAGAUCUCGUGCACUUCGUUUCAUGGGACAAAUAAAGCUUAAAGCUGAAAAUUUAUGCUUCAGAAUUCUUUGAAUCUCACUUUGACCCCAAUGUAAUUUAUAGGGGUCAUUGUUAUCUCUUUGGUGCAGUCAUUUUUAAAAGAUAUGUUAAGCUUUGCCUGUUCACAAUUUUAUGUAGGUAUUAUUGGUUGCGACAGAAGGAUGAUAGCUCUCAUCCUCCACCCCACCUUUCUUCAGGCGUAGCAAAAUGCUGUUGUAGGAGUAGGAAUUGGAAUUUGUUGAUGGAAGAUAAAACUAGGGAUCUGGAAAGUUUCAGACCUUGGUCUUAGUUAAAGUUGUAGAAACUUGGGAAGUUUUUAUAUGUCAAUAAUAAGUUGGGAAUGAGAUGGUCAUAGUUUAGUCUAAUUUCUGAAACAAAUACAGGUUUCAUUCAAAUCCCAUGAACCUUAUUUCCUCUUCCAAAGACAACUUACAAUACCUUACAUGUUGAACAAAGUCCUUGUGUAGUAUGGGAACACCUUGUUAGUACCAUGGUCCAUAGGGUAAACAUAGUAGUGGUAAAGAAGUCCCACAAAUAGAAAAUAACCCCUCUACCUUUAAGAUAGAAAUAAGGUCCACCUAAAUUUUGAAGAAGAUGUAUAUGGCAUAUGGAUGGCCACAGGUCAUCCCUAUGGAAUCAGGGCCAUGCCCUUCUUCGCAGCAAAUUUUGUACCUCAAAGUCAUCAAUCGUUUAUUGCUUGUGGUUUUCCCUACUCAUCUUGAACUAUGGUCCUCCUCACAGCAUAGAGUGAGAUUGGGCAAGUACAGGAGAAGCUCGGAUUCGAUUCAGAAGGAAGGCGAGAAUUUGCGAGCUGUUUGGAGUCCUGAUACUAAAUUGAUUGCAGUUCUUACCUCUUCCUUCUAUCUACACAUUCUGAAGGUCCAAUUUACAGAAAGGAAAAUACAAAUUGGAGGCAAACAACCAACUGGUUUGUUUCUAGCAAGCAUAAUAUUGCUCUUGAAUGAACAGGUGCCUUUUGCUAACGGAAACUUGACAAUCUACCAGAUGUCCAACUGGUUAUGAAGUCUAAGGUUUGUUGGUACCGCAUAGUCAAAUUUGCAUGCUGUUGGUUGUAGCAAUUUGUACCAGACAUAGGAGCUUGACAUUUCCUCUGGUUUUAUCGUGGAUUUUUAUAUUUCAAAAGGAGCCUCUGGGAUAAUGGCAUUUUAAGUUGUUAUUUACAUUUUUAUCAAGCCGUAAAGGUAUUAUAUCUAUUCAACAAUUGAUAUUAUUUAAUUCUGUAUGUCAAAGUAUCUUACUGAAAUUCUUAUAAAAAAUAUCUUAUUGAGUUUUGAGAGGUAGGGCUAAUGCAUAACAGGGGCUGAAAUAAUCUGCUCAUAUAUGUAAACAGCUACAUAUCUCUAAAUUGAUUUCUAAAAGAUCUCAUGUUGAUGUAACUGUCAAAAAGAAGGGGAUGUCAUGAUGAUGCAAGACCUAGAGGAUAGUGGAGUUAAUAAUCACUUAAUUUGAUAUAACUGUUAGAUUCCCAAAAGAAAGGCUAGUUGGAUCUAAGAUUUUUUGCUGAAUUGCUUGGCCCUGGGAUUUCGUUGUGCAUUUUAUUUUUGUGUACUUCAAUAAAUGGCUUCUUGUAAUUUUGUUCGUUUGUAGGCUUUAGCGUCUUUCCAUCCCAUAUUCAUCUUUAGCCCCGAAUAACUGUAACAUGUAACAUGUAACUGUGAUUACAUUGCCUCUUUUUUGUGUUGAAAUUCUAGAAAAUUAAUGUAAUUAUUAGGAGCCCGUUUGGAUGGGCCCAAGUUUACCACAAAUAGAACAUAAGUCUGUUGUAAUAGCACUUUCUUUAUGAAAUCCUAUUCCAACUUUCUCAUUGUGA